AAAAAAAAAAAGAGUUCUGUCUGUGAGAACCUUGGUCCUUUCGGUGGUGUGAUGAACUUUAAUAAUGUACAGAAUGCAGGCUGUUCAUUUCAUUUUCAAAUUUGUCUAUAGGAAAUAUCUCUGGCAAAAUUCCUGGAUUUUACAUGGCAGAUAGGUCAGUCAAGAAGACAAGUAAUGCAGCUAAAAAUGGUCUCUCAGCUCAUGUUCCAUUCUGAGCUUGAGUCUGAAGAAAUGACAAGAGUUUCUGCAAGUUUCAGACUUCCUACUCCCUGAAAAAUGUCCAGGGAUGAGUUGUUUCAUAUGCAUUCCUAACACUGGUUUCUCUUGUCUGGUGGUCCUUUGUUGGUCCAACUGCACACUGAAUUUGUUGUCGAAAGCUUGCGCUUGCUCUCCAAGUCUGAACAUCUCUUUGAGACCACGGAUUUUGGCUUGGGUGACUGGAGCAAAAUACAGAAGCAGAGAAGCUUAAAAUCAAAUUUCAUGGCACAUGUACUGAACUUUUUCCUUGCUGAUUGUUUCCUACUUUCCUCUCUGAACGUUUGAGAGAAAUCUGGCUCCUCACUGAGAAAGCGUUAAUGUUUUCUUAUUCUCAAGACUUGUGCCCUUCCAUGGAGUAAAGGUCGGCAAAAAUGUAUCGACAAUUUCCUGAGAUUUUACAAGGCAGAUUCAGAAAUGGUCAUUUCAGCUCAUGUUCCUAAUCUGGCCUUAAGUUUUGAAGAAAUGACAAGAGCUUUUGCAACUUUCAGACUUCCUAUUGUCUGAAAAAUGUCCAUGAAUGAGUUGUGCUUCCUUGAUACCUGAACAUUGGUUUCUCUUGUCUGCCAAAACCAUGUGCUGCUCCUUUCUUUGUCUUGUACUCUUGUUGGCCCAGCUGCCCACUGAAUUUACUGUAGAAAUCUUGAGCUUGACAGCUCGUCUCUGCUGUCCAAGUCUGAACAUCUUCAAGCCCAUGGAUUUUAGAUUGGUUGACUGGACCAAAUUUCAGAUACAAAGAAGCCUGAAGUUGAAAAUUUCCUUGCUGAUUGAAUUGUCCAAGCCUGAUGCCACCACCUAUGUAGACAAUGCACAAUGUGACGUCUCAGAGAAAGCUUAAAAAGAUCUUUUUUUCAAGAGCUGUAGCCAAAAUGGUUUGCAAGAGCUGUGGAUGUGCAGAGUUGAGAGACACCAGGAACGGCACGGGUGACCGACAUCUGGGUCCCACCCACUAUGGGCUGGGUACUAUGGGCCAAAUCCAGUCGGCCUUUCACGCCCCCGGCCCAUUUCAGACCACCAAAACAACCGCGCGAUCCCACGGCGCCCGCGAAACUGAAACGGCCAACUUCCAGCCGUCUCGCCGCCGGCGAUGCCGCCCGCCGCCGGCGACCCCACGCCCUCGUCGGCCUUCGCCUCUGCCAUCACCACGCCCGACGGGUGGCACCCCCGCACGGCGGAGCGGCGCCUGCUGCACCUCCUCCACCACUGCCCGGGAGCGCGCGCCCGCCCGCUCGAGCUCCUCGCCUUCGCCGUCCGCCGCGCGCUCCCGGCCUCCCCGCCGUCGCCGCACCACCACUCCCUCGCGGCGCUGCUCCUCCUCUCUUCCCCGCCGCCGCCCGCGCUGCCCCUCCUCCGCCUCCUCCCUCCCGAGCCGCCGCCCCCGCUCCCUCUCCUCAACGCCGCCGUCAAGGCCCUCUCCGCCGCGUCCUCCCCGCCGGCCGACGACGCCUUCCGCCUCCUCUCCGCCCUCCGCCGCCUCCACGCGCCCGACCGCCUCAGCUUCCUGCCCCUCCUCGGCUGCUGCGCUUCCUCCUUGCCGCUCCUCUCCGCGUUCCACUCGCUCCUCCUCCGCCUCGGCUUCCUCUCCCACCACGCCAUCUCCCUCGCGCUCCUCAAGCCCUACCCUUUGCCGCACGCCCGCGUCUUGUUCGACGAAAUCCCCCAGAAGAACAGGUGCGCGGUCGCGUACAACACGCUCAUCACUGCUCUCCUCAAGGCCAGGGACAUCCGCGCCGCGCGUCAACUGUUUGAGGAAAUGCAGCGGUACAGGCGAUCCAGGCGGAGCGUGGUCUCUUGGAACCUUAUGAUCGCAGGGUGUGCACGGUGCGGACGAGAUGACAUGGCGGUGUGGUUUUUCGAGGGGAUGGUCGGAGAGGGGGAGGUGGCGCCGGAUGAUGGGACCUUGGCGGCGGUGCUCCCAGCCUGUGGGAGGACUGGAAAUGUUGGGGCCGGGAGGUGGGCGCAUGAGUACGCGAGGAAGACUGGGCUGUUAGAAAGUACAGUUCAUGUUGCUAACGCGGUGGUGGAUAUGUACUGCAAGUGCGGUGAUGUUGCCAGCGCAAGGGAGGUGUUCGAGGGGAUGCGGCAGCGGAGCGUGGUGAGCUGGAACACUAUGAUUACCGGAUUCUCACUGAAUGGCCAUGGAGUUGAGGGAAUCGAACUGUUCCGAGAGAUGCAGCGGCAAGGAAUGGAGCCUAAUGCUGUGACAUUCUUGGGGGUGCUUGGGUGCUGUGCGCAUGCUGGAGCAGUGGAAGUUGGACGGGAGAUCUUCCAGAAAAUGCAGUUGGAGCAUGGUAUUGAGCCAGCAAUUGAGCAUUAUGGGUGUAUGGUGGAUUUACUUGGAAGGUCUGGCCUUCUUAAGGAGGCAUAUGCACUGAUUCAGGAGAUUCCGAUGAAGCCUAAUGCUGCAAUAUGGGGAGCACUGUUAAGUGCAUGUCGUGCCCAUGCUGGUCUCGGCAUUGCUGAGGUGGCUCUGAAAGAGCUUAUCAAUCUUGAGCCAUGGAACUCGGGGAACUAUGUGCUGUUAGCCAAUCUUUAUGCAGAAACAGGACGUUGGGAGGACGCAGGGGAAGUGAGGAGAGUGAUGAGGACAAUGAGUGUGAAUAAGGCUCCUGGGCAGAGCUUAAUCGAAGAAUCCAGUUUUCAAUUGACAAAUGCAUGCCAAUAGCCAACCCCCAGGAAAUAAAACUUCAGUUUGGAAGACAAACUGCUGAGUCUCUAUUCGGAAGGUGAAGAUCCAUGCAUCAAACAAUGCUAUCAAGAGAUGCAGAGUUGCACAUUAGUAUUUGCAGCAGAGUGCAGACAGCAGACUGUCAUUCUACCAGGAAUUCAGGAUUUACCUGUGGGCUGUGGGCACAAAAUGGGGUCCUGAAAGUUAACUAGCCAGAGGAUGUAUGAUCAUGCUGUUACCAGGACCCAGAAGGAAAAAUCUGACGAUGCACUCACAGUCACAGAAUGGCAAACACUAGGAACCGAAUAUUCACACAGACACAUGCUGGGCCCAGCGAAAACCUUGGCAUUUUCCUUU